GGGCUCUAGGCUGCUAGCGGCAUUAGAGAGUUCAAGAACCAAAUUCAAGGAGUAUAUAGAAGCUAUGUACUAUCCUGUCUCGAUGUCUACUUCUCUCCUCCAGGGAACUCACUCACGCACUAUCCGUCACUCGUUAAAAAUUCACCCUCACCGGGUCACCACUCCUUUAUUCUACUUUUCCAACAACCAGUCAUUCAUUUUCACUAAACCCACCAAAAUGAAGUCCAUCACUCUCCCCAUCCUCCUCACCCUCACCGGCCUAGCCGCCGCCCGCACUGAUCUCGACGGCUGCACCAAAUCCGCCACUGUCAACCAAUGGGGCGAAGCCAGCAUGAUCUGGUACGUGCCCGACACCGGCGAGAUCUGUGAUUUCCCAGACUGUGGCGGUGGUCGCGCUCCCCCCAAGUAUAACCAGCCCGGAUGUGCGGCCUAUACCGGCACCGAGACCUUGACUCCGAGUUAUCUCCCCGGCUGGGGUCCCAACGGCAAGGUUGCGCCGUCAACAUCGGCUGUCUCGGCCUCGGCAACGGAUGCCGAGUCCUCGGCCACUUCUACUGGGGCCGCUACUUCCGGUACUAAGACCGGCAGUACUUUGAUUACUGCUGCGCCUACUUUGUCCACUGGGAUUUCGUCUUCGGCCGCUGGUUCUUCUUCCGCUGCUGCUGGUUCUUCUUCCCUUGCGGCGGAAGAGGGUGGUUCGUCGUCGAGCUCUGCCUCGUCUGGUUCGAGUGGCUCUUCGAAUACGACGUCGUCGGCGGGUGUGAAGCCGACUGAUAAUGCGGCUAGUGUGCUGGGCUUGAAUGGUGCAGGUGUUCUGGCUUUGGUGGGUGGUUUGGUGGGUAUCUUGGCCUUGUAGGGGUUGGGCUUGGGGUAGUUUGCAACGAUGAUGUCAGAGAAUUUUAUUCAUUAUCCACAUGGGACAUAUUCAUUUUCUUGUAUUACGCAUAAAUGUAACGAGUACGAGCUUAUUAUUUAAUUCAAUGCAUUGGACGUUUCAAACCUUGUAUACUAUGAAGUCUAACUCGGGUGAUCGACUGUUGAUCGUCAUGAUCGUCAUUAUCCACAGCGGAUCAACACGACACAGUAACGGAGUAUACUAUCUCCCUCUCCAAAAUUUACUCAGCAGGGCCAAGGAUAUUCUUUUCAUAAACAGUUGUCGUCUUUCCGGUAUUCUGGUUUUCAAUCUAUCGCCAACUAUAUCAGAACUUUUGUCAAAAACCCUAGCUUUUCUUAGUUGAACUCACUUCAUAUCUGGGGGUUCUCCUCACUCGCAUCAACGUUCCGGCCAGCUUGGGUUCCGGGCUCGGUGAGAACAGACUGGACGGUGCCGAUGCUUUCGGAGGUCCUUGAGUCGGGACCUUUGUUUGGGAUUGUUAAUCUUUCAUUCAUAUAUGAGAUUCGAGACGAGGAUGAGACAUACCGCCAACAGGCUUGUAGAUAACACUCUGGCCGUUUCUGUAUUGAGGCAUUUUGGGGGGAUUGUACUGGGUUAUAGAAUGUGAUUUUAGAUAUUGAUAUCUUGCUUGAUUAUGGUGGAA